AUGGCAGGAUAUAUUAUGGGCGUCCUGGAACGUCAUCUACCACGGCAUAUCUUCAACAUUAUAGCAUGCGUCUAUUACUAUGUUCUCCAUCCUCUCAACCCAGUUCCAUAUUAUCGCACCUUCAGACGCAAUAUGGAUGCGAGGCAAAGAGACUACAAAAUCAAGCAAAUGCGACAACAGCUAGCAGUAGCCACAGAAACGACAUCUGGUAGCGGCACCGGGCCACUUUUCACUCAUAUACCAGCCGAAAUCAGACGUCAGAUUCUCAUUCACGCAUUUGGAGGGCGAAUAAUCCAUCUUGAUCUUGAUUUUGAGCACCGACAGUCAGGGAUUGGUGAACUGAAGUGGUCCAGUUGCGUUUGCCACAGCAGCAAGCCAGGUCUACCUCACAAACUGCGGUAUGAGGACGACUUCCUUAAGCCACAACAUAGAAUUCGCAUCGCUGAGAAAAGGAACCCGCUCGACUGCCCUGGCAUUCUCGAUAAAUCGCUCUCUCAGCCUUGCCCCAGCUCCUAUGAAUGUAAGGUCGGAGCUUCAGGUUGGCUGCUCUCUUGUCGCCAAGCAUAUGCUGAGGGUAUUGAGGUUCUUUAUCACACCAACACGAUUCAUAUAGACUCUGAAAUACUAUCAGGAGGUAUUCAAGACAUCCUACCACCAGAAAAACUGAACUUGAUUACAUCUCUUGAAAUGACCAUGAACUCGCACGACGCUGAUAUGGAUUCUUUUACGAGAGUUUGUCGAGAUGCCACUCGCACUUCACCGUCCAUUGCAUUUCCUUCACUUCUUCGGCUACAUAUCAUGAAUCCUAGCAGUGCACAUGGUGCAUAUUUCAUAGUUCCGUAUUGUGUUGACCGUCUCUUGAAGCGCGCGGUGCUUCCUACAACGGUGGUCACCGUCUCAGCUAAUUCUUGGCGCAAUUUCUCCAAGUUUGAUCUUCAUUUACUGGAGUGUCAGGGACAAGAGAAAACACAAAUGAAAUGGGCGGAUAUCGGUGGAUUAGUGUGCUGGAGAGAAAUACCAGUGGAUCAGAAAGUUGCUACUGAGGACGCACCAGCGAGACGCGGUUAUUGGUGGCAUGUUCCUGAAGACCUCAUGGAUUUUUCCGAUCUUGAUCAUAUCGAAUUAUAUACCAGAACGGCAUAA